GACGAAGUUCCCUGCCGCGUUCAAUUACUUCUGAUUUUAGGAAGUUCUUCAUCAAGGAUCCCAUCAUCCUUGCUUAUAGGCUCUUCAUCCCCAUUUACUCCUCCAAUCUGCGGUUGUAGGGUUCUUUGACUUGGAAGUUGCGGAAUCUUGUGUGCUUGCGAAGUAGCAGGAUGGUUUGGGUGACGGAGCUGAUGAUGUUUUGAAGGUGCUAGGGUGUCGCGUCGUUGUAGGUAGCUGAGGGUCAUGGCAGACGCUGAAGCAUUUACAAGCUGCUCCAAGCGGGUGCUAAUUUACCCACAAAAGUCUGAAUUUGUGUCGCCUUACUUGCGAGAAAAAUAUGAGAAAGAAGCUGGUAAGAACUGGGACUUGUUUUACAAGCGGAAUGCCGAUCGUUUUUUCAAAGAUCGGCAUUAUCUUGACAAGGAAUGGGGCGAGUACAUCAGGGGCACGAUUGACAAGAACGAACAUUGUGACUGUAAACGAGUCAUUUUGGAGGUUGGAUGCGGAACUGGGAAUACGGUGUUUCCUUUAAUUGCUGAAUAUCCCAACAUAUUUGUACAUGCCUGUGACUUCUCUAAUCGAGCUGUCAGCCUUGUCAAGGCACACCCAGAGUACGAAGGAGGCCGAGUGAAUGCAUUCGUAUGUGAUGCUGUUUCCGAGGACUUGUCUGCUUCUAUUCAACCUGCCUCCGUGGAUGUUGUGACCAUGGUGUUCAUGCUAUCAGCGGUCUCGCCUGAGAAAAUGCCGGGUGUUCUGCAGAAUAUCAAACGGGUCCUAAAGCCAGGUGGUUAUGUUCUUUUUCGGGAUUAUGCUGUCGGUGACCUAGCACAGAAAAGGUUGACAGAAAAGGUUCAGAAAAUUAGUGAAAACUUCUUUGCAAGGAGUGAUGGGACGCGUGCUUACUAUUUCUCCGAGGACGAGCUUGUGAGUUUGUUCGAAAAGGAGGGGAUCUUAUGUAAGUCAGUUACCGUGCACUGCCGCCAAGUGGAGAAUCGCUCUAGAUCGCUCGUCAUGAAUCGGCGCUGGAUCCAAGGGGAGUUUUUUCUUCCUGUGGAUGGAGAAAAGAAAACACAAACUUCGUGUGCUGAUUCAAUGGAAGACAUGCAGCAAGCAGCAAAAGUGACCACUAUGGUACAGGAGUCAGUCGAUGUUGACCUUUCUGAGGGUGUCGCAUCUCUUUUCAUGGCCAUACCCACAGUUGAGGUGACAAAAAUCAAAGUUGGCAAUCGCUUGCUGCUUAUCAAAUGUGUAGCAAGGGAAAACCAGCACACAACGAGAGCAACAGGCCUUCUCCUUUGGGAUGCAGCUCCAGCUCUUGCCUCGGUGUUGGAAGCUAAUCCAGCGCUCUAUGACAACAAACGAGUUUUGGAGCUUGGUUGUGGAGCGACAGCACUUAGUUCUUUGAUUGUGUCAAAUUCUGCUGCAACAGUAUUUGCCACAGAUGGUGACCCUGCAAGCAUGAGCCUCCUUCAAGAAAACAUGGAACUGAACUCUAGUUCAUUUCCUGUCGGUAAAGUAUGCUGCAGGAAGCUGGAGUGGGGACAGAAAGAAGAUGUUGAAGCCAUAAAGUCUGAAUGCCAAAGAGCGGGGUUCGAUUUAAUUGUGGGUACUGAUGUCACAUACGUGGCUGCUGCAGUGCCUCUUCUAUUCCAAACUGCGAGCUCUCUCAUCGCCAAGCAGAGCUCGUCGUUGUUCGUAUUGUGUCAUUUUUCUAGGAAGGUGCAGGAAGCUGAUAUUCUUGCAGCUGCGUCUGCUUGUGGAUUUUCUUAUUUUGAUGUUUGGAAGUCCACCUCGCCUCAGCUUGUAGUGCCUGAUAGUUUGCAGGAGCUAGCUUCUAGUAAUGGCCCACUCCGAUUGUUGUGUUUCCGGAUAUCUGAGCAAUGAAAGUAACAUAUGAACACAUAUCUA